ACGCGUUUGAGUACUUUGGACCAAUCACAGCUCUCGCUCCAGGCUUUUCCACGUUGCAAUACAUUGUGGCAAGGUGGGAGUCGAACUUACAUAUUCUACAAUUACACGUUGCACGUAAGAGUAGCAACUUUAGUCUACAAGUCUGCAAAACAGGCUUUUGUAAAUUAGGUAAUAAUUUGUUAUAAAACCUCUUGACACUGUCACUGCAAUGUCCUCGAGCAAUUCAACUACUGGAGUUCCUAAAUGGGAAUAUAGCGUUCGUUUCAUCCUCUGUUUUCUGGGUUUAGUUCUGUCGGUUUACGCGCUACACGUAGAACUUUCCCGGGAGAACGAUCCCGAAUAUCGCGCGAUGUGCGACCUGGGCCAUUCCGUGAGCUGCUCUAAGGUCUUCACCUCCAGAUGGGGACGUGGAUUUGGGCUCGUCCAGAUCUUUACUUCCAAAGACAGUGUGUUGAAUCAGCCGAACAGUGUGUUGGGAAUCAUUUUCUAUAUGCUGCAGCUGGGUUUGGGUCAGCUAGUGUCCAGCCGAUCAGCGUUCUUCCUCGUCAUGUCCUCUUGGGUGUCAGUGGCCGGAUCAGUGUAUCUAGCUGCCAUUCUUGCGUUCGUCUUGGGUGAUUUCUGUGUGGUGUGUGUCUCCACCUACAUCAUAAACUUUGCACUUCUCUACACAAACCUAAAGAGAAGGACGGGACUGGAGGGACUCCUGAAGAAAGCGAAGAGCAAAUAAAAUCUGUACUUGUUUUUGAGUUUGAAAGAUAUUAAGGAUUAAGCUGCCUCUAACAUCUGGGGGGAAAAGAGAAACCUACAUAAAAUAAAACAUUUUACAGCUGAUUGAAAAUCCUGGCAAUUUGCAAGCUGGUAGUAGUGAAAAGAAAAAAGUAUGGUAACAAUGAUCUGGACGUCACGUUCAUGAACACAAAUAAACGAGGAAGCUUCAAUUUUAUUAUUUAUCAGAAUGAUGAAAGAACAUCCAGACAGUAUGUUUUAGGAUGCUGACGAUCAUGUGAUUUAUAUCCAGGUCAGACUGUUACAUGUACAAGAAGCCUAAUGUGAAACUGAGAUCUGAUCAACAUUUGAUUAAAGCUCUGUGAUGAAUAAAGUCAGAUUUUCUAUUAAA